AUGGCCAAACAGAACCAACAGUUGACAGCUUUGCAAGAGAUCAAUGAUCGGAUUGCUCAGUUGAGGAAAAGAAACAAGGCACGAGUCCAACGUCCACAGCAAGGAGAAAGGAGAUUUGGAGAUGCACCAGAGGCUGUCUAUGUCGAGCCCAAGCCACCAGAACCUUCAAGGAUCAAUCAACAUCCAACUUCUCAAACCCAUACUCAUCAUGUUGCUAAUUCUCGGUUUGAUCAUAAAUCUUUUGCUGAUAAAAUUGAACUCCUUACAUUUUCAGGAGGAAGAAGCUACCUAUUUUGGGAGAGGAACCUUGAUGAAUGGUUUCACUACAACAACAUUCUGAAAGAAGAGAGACUAUCUUAUGCCAUUGAUCAAUUAAGAGGUAAUGCCUUUAAAUGGUGGGUACAAGAAGAAGAUGAUAGAUGGUUUUACAAGGAGCCAGCUAUCAAAACGUGGAGAGAUCUUAAGGAAGUCAUGAGGGAUGAAUUUUCACCAGAACUCACAAGUUCUAAGAUCCGAAAGAUAUACCCAAGGAGGUAUCUAACUCAUGUUUCCAAAGAAAAGCCAGAACCUGUUAUUGUCCAAGUAAAGGCUAAGGUAAGUCCUAUACUUGAUAAAUCAGUUAAUGAAUCAUCUACCACUUGUAUGAGUCACUUGUCUUUGUCCAAGAAUGUUAAGACAGGUGAUGUAACAGAACUUAAGGAGCAAGAAUUCAAAAGAAAAGAAUCACCAGGCGUCACCCUUGUGAUAGACCAGAAGAUGGCUCAAGACACAAAGCUGUCCAUGUUGCUUAAAGAAGCAAAACCGGUCAUAAAAGUAUCCCACCAAGGGACAAAAAAUGAAAGCAAUAAGCUUAUUAUAGUUCGAAAGAAAGAACCAGACCCUAAGCUCAGCCAUGAACCCACCUCUAAGUGGAAACCGAAAUCUGAACAAUCCAUUGUUCAAGUUCGAAAACCUAUGAAUGUUGAGAAUUUUUCAGGUUGCAAAGAAGAAAGCUUCAAAGAAAUCCCACCAGAUUAUCUUAUGUUGCUAGAGGAUCAACUCCAAAGAUGA